AAUCGACCUAAUUUGGAGGGGCUUCGCUCAUAGCCGAAGUCUCCUUUUUUUUACAAUUCUUGGCCAGGUAGGCGAUGGUUACAACUCCUUCUUCGACUCUGACUCUCGUCCUCUAUUCUAGACCUAAUCGCAGCAAGAGAAGCAUCACCAUCACCAUUCUCAUCACAUACAUCACCAUCGUCGGAGCUCAUUUCAGAGAUGACGUCGUUUGUUCUCCCCUGAAACGAUUCCACAUACAACCACCGGAUUUUCAGAUUUCGUAUAUAUGGGUUUGAAAUUAGUGAUGAAGGUUGUCAUGUGGGGGGUUUGUGGAGGUGUUUGAUGGUCCAUAUAUGGUGGGCUGAUGGUUGAGAAAUGAGUAUUGGUGGUUAAAGGCUGUCGAAUGAAGGACGGGAGAUAGUCAUGUUAGUUCCAUGAACAUGGAAGAAGGGUGGUGAUAGCGAGCUUUAUCCCCUCCGGCUAGAUCUGUCGCUGAAUAACACAACGUUGAAUAUUAUUGUAGUUCUUGCAACCUCCAAAGCUGCAAAGGAUUUCCAGCCUGUGGAAGGUUAAUAGGAAUCAUAUGGUAUUGAUUUUAAACUGAAAAAAAAAGUAUGGCUACUCCGGGUCGCUACUGUGUUGGGUCCUCAAGGGGUUCACUAAGACAUGUUGUCUCUUCCCCAUUUUUCCACAAUAUGAAGCAAGAGACUUACAGCCAAAUGAGAAAGUUAUGCUCCUUGCCAAACUAAGGGAAUACAAACCUGAUCUGAAUAAUCUAAAUAGUGAAGUUAAACGACUUGCAUCAAACAAAUUAAAUCAGACUUCAAGAGAUGAGUUGUUGGAAUCAGGAAUGGAAGAUGUAUGAUCGGUACUUCAGGUUCGAAGGGGUAGAGCUCGGGAUGAUCGUAUCGCACACCAUGAUUUUCUGCUCUAUUUUACUAUGAUAUAUUUUUGGAUGAUUGUUGACAUUCUCUGAUUUCCUCUAUGAUUUCUAUAAAGAUGUUUGGUUGAUGGUUUUAUUAAUACAAAAAUGAAAAUUUUGGUUAUAAACUUUGGGACGUUACAAAUAUAAUCGUUAUAUAGGAGUUAUUAAAUGUCAAAAAGGGGGUAAAUGCAUGAACUAGCCAUCUACUUUUUAAUGUAUAGUAUUUAUGUGUAAACAGGGGUAAUAGGGUAUUGUAGUUGUGUAUUUGAUCCAAAUGAUGAUUUUACUUAAAAACUAUGGCAACAAAAAAACUAUGAGAGGAUUGAGUUGUUAUGGUGCUGGAGUUUCUUUGACCGAUAUCCAUUUCAGUUUGGAGAGAGUUCUUAUGGGGAUAUGUUCAUGUUUUUCUUGAUCUGGACAUGUAUUAACCAUCUAGGCAUAUGUUGAUGUUGUUCUUAAUCUUGAUCCGGUCACAUUUCAUCACGCCUACACCAUGAUCGACUUCCACGGGAAUCAAUCUUGCAUUUGUUGGUGAUCUACUUAUGUGGUGGAUGCUGUUGAUUACCGUAUACUAGACAUUUUUACCCUUAGGGGUGAAAGCCACUGAUUUACAACGAAGACAAACACACCAUAAAGAGCAAUUGGCGGGUUUUAUGAGAUUGCUUAACACACGGUAAUCCAACAAAUGGUUUUUUUUUUAACUAAGUCGUUAAACAUUUAUUAUAUUCUGUAUGUAAUUGUAUUAGACAUUUUUAAUGUAUCAUACAAUUUGUAUAGUAUGUCUAUUAAUUUAAGUUGUUUAUCAGAAUAACAUACAUGAUGUUAAUUGAACAAUAUUUGGCAUAAAAA